CCCCAGGUGCAGCAAAAAACGGCGCCAGUCACGAGAGUCACAUCCGCCAUAUGGCGGCAAAUCGCCCCCUUCACUUUCCUUUCAAAAACCCUAACACACUCCUUGAUUCCUCCCGAAAUUCAUCGUCGGUGCCAUUUUCUAGAACAUAUGCCAUCGGAGAUUCGAAGAUCAAGAACCGCAUUGCGUGUGAGAUCAAGAAUUUCGAGAAUACUUAUCAGUGGACUAUCGAAAGCGUUCCUGGUACUACUGAUUCUUUUUGCUCAAUUCAAAAUUCUGCUUCUAUUUCGACCUCCGUACCAAUGGCUGCUGCCUCCGCCGCCGUCGCGGCUUUGGAAUUGACUUCUAAAACCGACGCCAAGAAGAUCUGCCUCUUUUUCUGCCCGGAGACGAAGACUCUUGCGGAGAAAAUCGCUGACGAGUCUGAUGGAAUUGAUCUGCGUAGUAUCUCAUGGAGGAAGUUCGAAGAUGGAUUUCCGAACAUAUUUAUACCUAAUGCUCAAGGAAUUCGUGGACAGCAUGUAGCGUUUCUGGCAUCCUUCAGUUCACCAUCUGUAAUCUUUGAGCAACUCUCCGUUAUUUAUGCACUGCCUAAAUUGUUCGUCUCUUCAUUUACGCUUGUUCUUCCUUUCUUUCCAACUGGAACUUUUGAGCGUAUGGAGGAUGAAGGAGAUGUUGCAACAGCUUUUACUCUUGCUCGGAUCCUAUCGCAUAUACCAAUUUCAAGAGGAGGUCCGACGAGCCUUGUAACUUUUGACAUUCAUGCCUUGCAGGAGAGGUUUUACUUUGGGGACAAUAUUUUACCUUGCUUUGAAAGUGGAAUUCCUUUGCUAAAGAAUAGGCUGCAGCAGUUGCCCGAUUCUGAUAACAUAGCAAUUGCAUUUCCUGAUGAUGGAGCAUGGAAAAGGUUUCAUAAGCAGCUGCAGCAUUUUCCUACGAUUGUAUGUGCGAAAGUUCGGGAAGGAGACCAAAGAAUAGUGCGCCUAAAGGAGGGGGAACCGAAAGGACGGCAUGUUGUGAUUGUGGAUGAUUUGGUUCAAUCUGGUGGAACUCUAAGAGAGUGCCAGAAAGUGCUGGCCGCGCACGGGGCAGCAAAAAUCAGCGCUUACGUGACACACGGAAUUUUUCCGAAUAAAUCGUGGCAACGCUUUGAACAUGAUAAUGGAGGGAAUCCUGAGAACGGGCUCACAUAUUUUUGGAUUACUGAUUCGUGCCCGUUGACCGUUAAAGAAGUAGCAAAUAGAGCUCCUUUUGAAGUUCUCAGCCUUGCUGGUUCCAUAGCUGCAGCGCUUCGUAUAUAGUGUAGUAGAACACAAGAAUCGUUCGAAGCCUUUUCACAUGCGAGCUUUUGCUUCGGUCUUGCCUUUCCUUUUUCAUUUCCUUUCCUUUCCUUUCAAGUUUAUGUUAUUAUGUAUGAAGUAAUAUAAUUAUGUUUCGAUAACUAUUUUGCUUUUUUAGUAGCAUAUAAUUUUUGUAUGGAUUUGAUUUUUGAGUUGAGAUGCACGAAUGAGGAUGCACCGAUCCACCGGCGAAAGUGGGUUGCUGUUGUCUUUUAUAGA